AUGAACCUCUCAGACUUUGUGUUUCUCCUGAGUGUGGCUCUGCUCUUAGCCACUGUUAUCUCAUCAGAUCCCGACCCUUUCCAAGACCUCUGUGUCGCCGACCUUGCCUCAGGUGUGAAAGUGAAUGGAUUCACAUGCAAAGAAGCAUCACAGGUAAACGCCUCUGAUUUCUUCUCCAACGUACUGGCCAAACCAGGAGAAACCAACACCACCUUUGGGUCCAAGGUGACUGUAGCCAACGUUGAGAAAAUAGCAGGACUCAACACUCUUGGUGUCUCUCUGGCAAGGAUUGACUAUGCCCCAGGUGGCCUCAACCCACCUCACACCCACCCACGUGCAACCGAGAUAGUGUUUGUUCUUCAAGGGAAAUUAGAUGUUGGGUUCAUAACCACAUCCAAUUUGCUCAUAUCAAAAACCAUCAACAAGGGUGAGAUAUUUGUGUUCCCAAAAGGCUUGGUUCACUUUCAAAAUAACAAUGGCAAGGUCCAUGCUGCUGUGCUUUCAGCCUUCAACAGCCAACUUCCUGGUACACAGUCCAUUCCUACCACCUUAUUUGCCGCCACCCCACCUGUUCCAGACCAUGUCUUGACCAAGACAUUCCAGGUCGGUACCAAGGAGGUUGAGAAAAUCAAGUCUAGGUUGGCACCAAAGAAGUAGAAAGAAACACCAAGGUGGAACACAUUUGUUGUCUUGUCUUUUUUUGUCUAUUGUUCUUUUACCCUCCCCUUUUAAUCUCUCUUGUCACUUUGCAAUUCAU